CUCUUGAAUAAUUUUUGACCUACUUUUAAAAGUAUUCCAAUAGAAGAUUAAUGUUUAAGAAAAUUAAAUAAUUUUCACAAAAUUGUGAUUCACCUUUUUUUCCAUAAAUUCUGAAAAUAUUCAUUUUUCAACUCAGAUUUUUUAAUGUACUUGUCUUAAAGAGGACUAAUAUAAGGGCAAGAAAUUCAAAUUAUAAAUAAGGAACAGAAUAUACGAGAAAAUUAGUUAAAAGUAUUAAAGGACUUUAUUUGCAUGAUUUUUUUAUUAUCAAGUAGAAUGGAACUCUUUUGGUUUUAAAAUAGGGUCAAUAAACAUAUUUUUUACUUUUAGGUUUUCUAGAAAAUUUCAUUUGGAAGAAGAAAAUAGAUCUCAAAGUAUUCAUGCUUCAUCUUGAAUUACAGUUUAAAUUCAAUAAUUUGGAACAGAGGAAAAUUAGAGAGAAGAUGUAAACAACUCAUUUAAUAUUUAAUUAUUAUAAUGAAUUAGAGAAAAUAGUAAUAUGA